CACGGAGCGGCGGGCACUGCGGCUGAGAUCCACGCUGUGAUUGGCGGCCUACAGUGCAUGGGGCGGGGUCAGAUGUCAGGGAAGUGUUUUGCCGUGAUACCAUAUCAGCUUCCGGUAGUGGCCGUCACAAGACAGAGCUGCGGUAAAGCUGGCUCAUUAUGGAGGAGCCAGACAGAGAGGCGGUGGCCACUGCUGUUCAGCGUGUGGCUGGAAUGCUGCAAAGGCCAGAUCAGCUGGAUAAAGUGGAGCAGUAUCGGAGAAGAGAAGCCCGAAAAAAAGCAUCUGUGGAGGCCAGGCUAAAGGCAGCUAUCCAGUCACAACUUGAUGGUGUGAGAACAGGUUUGAACCAGCUUCACAAUGCUCUGAAUGAUGUAAAAGACAUCCAGCAAUCUUUAGGAAACCUCAGCAAAGACUGGAGACAAAGCAUCAAUACCAUUGAAAGUCUGAAAGAUGUGAAAGAUGCUGUUGUUCAGCACAGCCAACUUGCCGCAGCAGUUGAGAACCUCAAGAACAUUUUUUCUGUACCAGAAAUAGUAAGGGAGACACAAGAUCUCAUUGAACAAGGGGAACUAUUAGAAGCGCAUCGCAAAUUGAUGGACCUGGAAUGUUCUCGUGAUGACCUGAUGUACGAGCAAUACCGGAUGGACAGCAAAAAUACUCAUGACAUGAAACUAAUUCAAAAUUAUUUUGGGGAAGUUCAGCACCUGUCUGAUGAGAUGGCUAAACAGUUGUGGAUGGUGAUAGAAAGAUCCAUAACUACUGUUCGCAAGGAUCCCACCAUACUUGUCUCAGUUGUCCGUAUCAUAGAGCGGGAGGAGAAAAUAGAUCGCCGCAUGACUGACAGGAAGAAACAGACUGGUUUUAUACCUCCUGGAAGACCUAAAAGAUGGAAAGAAAAAAUGUUUCAUGUUCUGGAAAGAACAAUUGGAACCAGAAUUGAAGGCAGUCAGGCGGAAACAAGAGAAUCUGAUAAAAUGUGGCUGGUCCGUCAUCUAGAAAUUAUCCGCCGAUAUGUGCUGGAUGAUCUUGUAGUAGUUAAAAAUCUCAUGGUGCAGUGUUUUCCCCCUUCUUACAAUAUAUUUAAUAAGGUGUUAGAAUUGUACCACCUAGCUUUGUCUUCUCGGAUCCAGGAGUUGGCAUCAGAAGAUCUUGAAGCGAAUGAGAUUGUCAGCCUCCUCACUUGGGUUCUGAACACCUAUCACAGUUCUGAAAUGAUGGGCAAUGUAGACCUGAUCCCAGAAGUAGACGUAAAGACAAUGAAGCCACUUCUUUCCCAAGACAUUGUGGACCAGCUUCUUCAUAAAUACAUGGCAACUCUACAAUCAAAUAUCAUUGCGUGGUUGAGAAAAGCCUUAGAGACAGAUAAAAAGGACUGGGAUAAAAAUACAGAGCCUGAAGCGGAUCAAGAUGGCUACUACCAGACCACGCUGCCAGCUAUUGUGUUCCAGAUGUUUGAGCAAAAUUUACAAGUAGCAGCUCAGAUUAGUGAAGAGCUGAAGAAGAAGGUUUUACACUUGUGCCUGCAACAAAUGAAUGCGUUCCUUAACAGGUACAGUGAGGAGGCGCAGCUCUAUAAAGAAGAACACUUAAGGAACCGGCAGCUUCCUGCAUGCUAUGUCCAGUAUAUGAUAGCCAUCAUUAACAACUGCCUGACAUUUAAAGAGUCAAUUGUGAGUUUGAAAAGAAAAUAUCUUAGGAUCGAUGAGGAUUUCAUGGCAUCUGGCUCUACAAAUAUGGACACCAUAUUGGACAACAUUGCUCAUGAUGGAUGCAAGAGUCUUCUAGCUGAAGUAUUCAUGGACUUAGAUCCACAUCUAAGUGACCUGAUGACUAGGAAAUGGCUGGCGGGCACUAAUUCUGUAGACACUAUAUGUGUCACCAUAGAAGAUUAUUUUAAUGACUUUGCAAGAAUUAAACCGCUGUACAAGGAGAAAAUGACCAUUAAAGCCCACAAGCAAGUAGUGACAGAAUAUAUCAAAGCAAUAAUGCAAAGACGAAUUUGCUUCAGGAAUGCAGAAGAACGCAAGGAGGGGGCCGAGCGCAUGAUAAAGGAAGCCGAGCAGUUUAAAUUUCUGUUUAAGCGUCUUACAUCUGGAUUUACUAAAGAGACAGAUGGACUCUGUGAUACCAUUAUUGAUAUUGCAGAAGUUAUAAAGCUGACAGACCCUUCACUUCUUUACCUGGAAGUCUCCACUUUGGUGACUAGAUAUCCGGAUCUCAGGGAUGAUCACAUUGCUGCUCUGCUUGCAAUAAGAGGAGAUGCCAGCCGGGAGAUGAAACAGACAAUAAUAGAAACCGUGGAGCAAAAUCAGAGUCAGAGGCAGCAAGGUGAAAACUACAUCACCAUAUUUAAAGAUAUCAUAGUGCCUAGCCUGCCAACAUUGAGCGUGCCAAAACUUCUGAAAUAGUGUGGAAUUCAUAUGUGCCUGUCUUUAGAAAUCUGUAGUUCCAGAGCUCCAGCCUUGUUGUUUGAUGGUUUAUAACCACUCUUACAGCAGUAGAAACUUGCAUGUUUUCUGUCACUUUCCUUAAUAAGACAAAACUAUUGUCUCACAAAUGAGUCCACGUCACAGCCAGUGAUGGUCUUAUGCCUGAUGCAUGGAGAGAGCACAAGAACCCUGGUGCCUGUGUGCUCUGGCAUCAUUAGACUCAGUUCACAUUAUGUACAUCGUCCACCUUCCACAGCAAAAAACAAACUGGUUGUUCAAAAGCUUGGACUCAUUUUGCCUGUCAGUUCAUGUGGUUGGGGUUGAUAAAAAAAAAAAAAUAA